CCCGUUCCGUUUCAACCGUUCGUCUAUAUAAACACACAGCUCCAUAUCUCUCUUCCCAUUUUUCCUCUCCUCCAUUCAUUUUCACUACCCCCCAUUGCCUCCUCUUUCAUCAACCCCAACUGAUCUCCAUUUCUCUCCAAUUUCGAUCGGCUCAUCUUAAUUUCUUCAUUCCUUUUUUUUCUUGCAUUUUGGGGUUAUUUCCUUUCAGAAAUCACAUCAGACGCAUGCAAUAAUCAAGAAAAAAACCAAGGGAGGAAUCGGUUUUUGCAUCAUGGGUCAGCAGUCGUUGAUCUACAGUUUUGUGGCGAGGGGGACGGUGAUUCUGGCUGAUUACACCGAAUUCACCGGCAAUUUCACCUCCGUUGCUGCUCAAUGCUUGCAGAAGCUGCCUGCUUCCAACAACAAAUUCACGUACAAUUGUGAUGGCCACACCUUCAAUUACCUUGUGGAAAAUGGAUUCACCUAUUGCGUCGUUGCUAUUGAAUCUGCCGGUAGACAAAUACCGAUGGCGUUUUUGGAGCGUGUCAAGGAUGAUUUUAACAAGAAAUACAGCGGAGGGAAAGCUUCAGCUGCAAAAUCCAAUGGCCUGAAGAAGGAGUUUGGACCGAAAUUGAAAGAGCAUAUGAAGUAUUGCACUGAGCAUCCGGAAGAAAUUAGCCAACUUGCUAAAGUGAAGGCUCAGGUGUCUGAAGUAAAAGGUGUGAUGUUGGAAAAUAUUGAGAAGGUUCUUGACCGUGGAGAGAAGAUUGAACUACUCGUUGAUAAAACUGAAAAUCUCCGAUCACAGGCACAAGAUUUUAGGACUCAAGGGACAAAGUUGAAGAGAAAGAUGUGGUAUGAGAAUAUGAAGAUUAAACUCGUAGUAUUUGCUAUUUUUUUCGUUUUGAUUCUCAUAAUCGUUUUGUCCAUCUGCCCUCGCUUCAAGUGUUGACAUUGUAGAGUUGAGUUUUUUAGAGUCGUAGCCGUCCGGCUACACGAUUUCGACGUUCUGCUCCACCCAAAAUAUUUUUUAUCAGAGCUUGCUUUCUCUAGUAUAGUAAUCUAAGAGGGUGUUUGAGGGAGCUUAUGAUCUCUUUUAAAUGUUUUAUAAGAUGUUUGAGAGUUUGUACAA